AUGGCUAGACACAGAAGUGCCCUUAUUUUGCUGCUUCCACUGUUGUUCUCGACAGUGCGAUGCCAUGCAAAGAGAUCCUACAAUUUCACAAUCACAAAUAGGUGGUUUGCUGGGGAUGGUCAUGGCAGACCUGUAUUUGCCAUCAAUGGCCAGUCACCUGGUCCCGUCAUUGAAGCGGAUGAAGGAGACGAGAUAGAGGUCUUCGUUGACAACCAGCUCACGUCCGAGACAACCAUGCACUGGCAUGGGGUCUAUCAGAUUGACAGGCCAUGGAAUGACGGCGUUCCAGGUGUGACACAGUACUCCAUUCAGCCCAGGGACAAUUACACCUAUCGCUUCACUGUCCAGCAGCAGUACGGAACGUACUUCUAUCAUGGCCAUUUCGGUCCAGCGUUUGCUGAUGGCAUGCGUGGUCCCAUCUGGAUCCGCCCAGCAGCGUGGCGACCGCGUCCUUAUGAUCUCAUCUCAUCCUCAAAACACGACAUCAAGGCUAUGAGAGAGGCAGAAAAGAACCCUCACCACGUUGUGAUCAGCGACUGGAACGCCGAGGGGAUGGACAUCCUCCUCAUCAUGUACAGAGACACUGGCAUCGUGCCUUGGUGUAGCAAUUCCAUCAUCCUCAACUCCAAAAGCAGGACCUUCUGCCACCCUCCAGAGCUCAUUGAGGACUUGUACACCAACGAGCAGGUCUGUGAGGAGACCUUCACGCCACUCGAGGUAUUCCAAGCAGCGAAGGGUCAUGAGUGGAUCUGGAUUAACUUCAUCCAUUCCGGUGCACACCACGAGCUGCAAAUCAGCGUUGAUGAGCACGAGUUCUACGUCGUUGCUGCCGACGGAGAGUUCGUCCACCCGCAGAAGGUCCAUGCGGCGAACUGUAACCUUGGCGAGCGCAUUAGUAUUCUGGUGCGUCUGAAUCAGAAGCCAGGCGACUAUGCCAUUCGCGUCACGUCACUUCGUGCCGAACAGAUCAUCCAAGGAAUCGGGAUCCUGAGAUACGCCAAGGACCACCCAAGAUCAGAUGCGUCUGCAUCCGGUCUCGACGCUGUUCCAAACACCAGGCCGUGGGUUCAUCUCAACGGCAGUCUCGUCGAUCAUUCUCUCGUCGCCAUGGACGAGACCAAGCUCAGGCCUUUCCCUGCACGGCCCCCUCCAGCCGCAUCAGACAGCACCCUCAAGUUCUUUGUCAACAUGACAGGCACCAGCUCUUGGGCGCUCAACAUCGGCCCCCAUCAGGCCUUUCGCCAACAACUUCCUCCACUUCUGUGGGAUGACGACUCCCGCGGAGAGACUACUUACAGUGAGGGCUCUCUCCGCAAUGGCUCUGUCGUCGACAUCAUCUUCGAGAACGGCGCCAACGUCACCACACAACACCCGUUCCACAAGCACAACAACAAGGCCUUCAUCAUCGGCACAGGCACAGGCGGCUUCCCCUGGGCAAGCGUGGACGAAGCCAUCCGCUUCGGCGGCCAGGAGGCAAACUUCAACUUCGUCGACCCGCCUCUCCGGGACGGCUGCCGCCUGGGUAACCAGACGGGCGACUGGACCGUGAUCCGGUACGACAUCGCCUUCCCAGCGGCGAGCAUGUUGCAUUGCCACAUGAUUCAUCAUUUCGGGGCCGGGCAGCAGGUCGUUCUCCUGGAGGGUGUGGAAUCCAUGGCCAAGAUCCCUGCCGAGGUUAAAGACAGGAUCCACGCGGAGUUCAUCCCCCCUUUGAGCUAUGGUCCAUUGGACUGA